ACAAUAAUUUUUUUUUUAAAACAUGGAAAGGAGUGGUAGGAGAUGGAUUCAUGGCUCGUGAUCUAACGUUCCAGAACACGACGGGACCAGACGCUAAUCAAGCGGUGGCGUUUAGAUCCGACAGCGAUUUUUCUCUGCUCGAGAAUUGUGAGUUCCUUGGGAACCAAGAUACUCUCUAUGCCCAUGGUCUUCGUCAGUUCUACAAAAACUGCCGUAUCCAAAGAAAUGUUGACUUCAUCUUUGGCAAUUCAGCUGCUGUCUUUCAAGACUGUGAAAUCCUAAUCGCACUGCGGCAACUUAAUCCCGAAAAGGGAGAGAAAAACGAAGUCACUGCCCAAGAGUACAUGGAGCUGUUUAAAGCUAAACCUAAGGUGCAUAAGAAUUUCUUGGGGAGGCCAUGGAAAGAUCACUCUAGGAAUGUGUUUAUAGGUUGUAAUUUAGAGGCUUUGAUAACUCCUGAUGGAUGGUUACCGUCGAGCGGGGAUUUCGCCCUCAAGACGCUUUAUUACGGUGAAUCUAAGAACACGGGUCCGGGAUCAGAUAGGUCACAAAGGGUUUCAUGGAGCAGUGAGAUAGAGGAUGAGCAUGUUCAUGUGUAUUCGGUGGCUGACUUUAUUCAGGCUGAUGAGUAGGCUUCGACAUAGUCUUAACUCAAUCUUUAAGACUAUAAAGGGUUUUGUAAUGUUUUAAGAGAAGAAAACCUUCUCAUUGUACUUUAGUUGAUAAAGUGUUUUAAACAUAAAAGCAAACAUUUCAUUCAUGUUAUAUCAAUUGAGAGUUCAUAAUCUUAGGACUAAUUGAAGUAAAACAAUAAAAUUUCAAAAUUUGG